UACCAGAGGCAUAAUAUAACUACUCAGUACUAAAGUGUUUUGGACGUGGGCCAGGUGGUGGAGAGUUUGCGCUGAGUGAAAGCGCUGUUUAUUUUAGCUGAGUGACUGUACCGCGUUAACGCACUAAUCACCGUGCGGUGCGGGACGCAGUCCAGGUCCGAGUGACGGUGCGACUGACAGUCCGAGUGUCGGUGUGCGCGCUCCUUUCUUCAGGCAGCGGGUGAGAGGAGACACAUGGACGCUGUGGUGCGGGGCAGCGCGUCACACAGGUAGCGCGUUUCCCCUCAUUAGAUUGAGAACAAAAACACAGUCUCGGAUGGAACACUGAAAACUUCGGAUUUGGUUUAAAACAUAUUGAACAUCUCCAGCGUUACCAUGGCAUCUAUUGGGGACUUCGACCCGCUCCAUUCUACGGUACCGGCAACUAAGAUUGAAGUUACUGUCUCGUGCAGGAAUCUACUGGACAUGGACACUUUUUCUAAAUCAGAUCCAGUUGUCGUGUUGUACAUACAAGGCAUAGGAACAAAGGAAUGGAGAGAGUAUGGCAGAACAGAGGUGAUUGAAAACACGCUGAAUCCAGACUUUGUGCGGAAAUUUGUUUUGGAUUUCUUCUUCGAGGAGAAGCAGAAUCUUCGAUUUGAUGUGUACAAUGUGGACACAAGAAGUUCAAACAUCUCAAAGCAUAAAGAUUUCCUCGGCCAGACAUUUUGCACACUUGGAGAGAUUAUUGGCUCCGCAGGCAGCCGCAUGGAGAGAACACUAUCUGGGAUUCCAGGGAAGAAGUGCGGCACCAUCAUCUUAAACGCUGAGGAACUGAGCAACUGCAGGGAUAUUGCUACUAUGCAGCUGUGUGCCAAUAAACUGGACAAGAAGGACUUCUUUGGCAAAUCUGAUCCAUUUUUGGUGUUUUACCGCAGCAAUGAGGAUGGAACGUUUACUAUAUGUCAUAAGACAGAAGUGAUCAAGAACACUCUGAACCCAGUGUGGCAACCCUUCACCAUUCCUGUUCGUGCGCUGUGUAAUGGUGACUAUGACAGAACCGUUAAGGUAGAUGUGUAUGACUGGGAUCGAGAUGGAAGUCAUGACUUUAUUGGCGAAUUCACCACUAGCUACAGAGAGAUAUCCCGAGGUCAAAGCCAGUUUAAUGUGUAUGAGGUUUUAAAUCCAAAAAAGAAAGGAAAGAAGAAAAAAUAUGUCAAUUCUGGCACAGUGACAUUGCUUUCCUUUAAAGUCGAAUCUGAAUACACAUUUGUUGACUUCAUCAGAGGAGGGACACAACUCAACUUCACUGUGGCCAUAGAUUUCACAGCAUCAAAUGGUAACCCGGCUCAGCCAACUUCCCUGCAUUACAUGAGUCCAUAUCAGAUGAACGCCUACGCUAUGGCAUUGAAGGCAGUAGGAGAGAUUAUUCAGGACUAUGACAGUGACAAGCUUUUCCCAGCCUAUGGAUUUGGAGCCAAGCUGCCUCCCGAUGGCAAAAUCUCCCAUGCCUUUCCUCUGAAUGGUAACAGCGAGAACCCAAACUGUGUGGGGAUAGAGGAAGUGCUGGAGGCUUACUUCCAAAGUCUCAGAAAAGUCCAGCUUUAUGGACCGACCAACUUCGCCCCGGUCAUUAACCAGGUAGCAGGGGCAGCGCAGGAUGUGACUGAUGGCUCCCAGUAUUUUGUGCUGUUGAUGAUCACAGACGGAGUCAUUUCAGACAUGGUGCAGACCAAAGAAGCUGUUGUUAAUGCUUCUGCUCUACCCAUGUCUAUCAUCAUUGUGGGUGUGGGUCCGGCUGAGUUUGAUGCUAUGGAGGAGUUGGAUGGUGAUGAGGUCAGAGUGUCAUCUAGAGGACGCUUCGCGGAAAGAGACAUUGUUCAGUUUGUUCCAUUUCGUGACUACAUUGACCGCUCUGGAAACCAGAUCCUGAGUAUGGCUCGGCUGGCUAAAGAUGUUCUAGCUGAGAUCCCUGACCAGCUGUUGUCCUUUAUGAAGAGCAAAGAGAUCAAGCCUCGUCCUGCCCCCCCUGCCUCCAGCAUGCCCAACAAACCUCCUGUCAACAUGCGCAUCUGAACAUCUGCACAUUUUCUCAUCUGACAAAUUUUAGCAGCGGUACAUGCUUUGCGAUGAACUUGGCUUUGUGCACCCAUUAAGUUCCAUUAUCUACAGAGCUGUAUAUUCUUUUCAACUUAAAUAUGAGACUUUUCUGAUUCUACUUUAUUCUACAGUCACACAGAGAGACAGUGAAAGUAAUAAAACUAGAAAGAAAAAAUAGCGCAAGGAGAAUGAAGACCAGGUCAGCAGAGAGUAAGAAUGAGAGAGAAGUAAGUAUGAGAGAGAAUGACUGGCACAGUCUGGAGUGCCAAGGGUGGCAAAAAAUAAUUAGUUAACCAUUCUUUAUGAAUCCAGAGAGACCAGGACCAAGAGCAUGAACUAUUGUACCAUGUCACCAGAGAUGAUUCUAAAUCUUAAAUAGAUGAUCCAUAUGGGUAUAUGUGUUAUAAAUGAAUGAAAAAUGAGAUGUUAUUUCUCUAGGUGUCCUAAGAGAUUUAUUAAUAUAUUUUAGGGUUGAAGACUACAAAGACUGUAUCUGUAAAAGAUUAUUGUUUGCACCCUGUACCACAGUUUGAGAACCCUAUCAAAGCUCUUCCUAAUGUCUUAAAUAUAGAAGUGUUUUGAUGGUCAA